CCCGGACCGGCAGCGAGUAAAGAAGCAGCUCUGCUCCCCCUCCUCCUUCCUCCCUCCCAUCGUCCCACCCCGGCUGGGCACUGGCCAUAGAGCAGCUGAGGGCUUUCGGAGAGAACCCGCGCAGACUCCUGUAGGUGGCAACACUGCCACCUGUUUGACCAGUGGGGCUGAGCCAAGGACUGGAAAAGGGAGGAGGCAGACAAGUCGGAGAGGAGCUGGGAAGCAGUGCAGUGCAGAGCAGAGAGCAGAGUGGAGCUGCCGCUGAGAAAAGGCCCUCGCCAUGGCCGAGUCCCCCGGCUGCUGCUCCGUCUGGGCCCGCUGCCUCCACUGCCUGUAUAGCUGCCACUGGAGGAAAUGCCCCAAAGAGAGGAUGCAAACCAGCAAGUGCGACUGUAUCUGGUUUGGCCUGCUCUUCCUCACCUUUCUCCUCUCCCUGGGCUGGCUGUACAUCGGGCUCAUCCUUCUCAAUGACCUGCACAACUUCAAUGAAUUCCUGUUCCAACACUGGGGACACUGGAUGGACUGGUCCCUGGCAUUUCUGCUGGUCAUCUCUCUACUUGUCACAUAUGCAUCCCUGCUAUUGCUCCUGGCCCUGCUCCUGCGGCUCUGCGGCCAGCCUCUGCAUCUGCACAGUGUCCACAAGAUGCUGCUGCUCCUCAUCAUGCUUCUUGUGGCCGCUGGCCUCGUGGGACUGGACGUCCAAUGGCAGCAGGAGUGGCGUAGCUUACGUCUGUCACUGCAGGCCACAGCCCCGUUCCUUCAUAUUGGAGCAGUUGCUGGCAUCACCCUCCUGGCCUGGCCUGUUGCUGAUACCUUCUACCGUAUCCAUCGAAGAGGUCCCAAGGUUCUGCUACUGCUCCUAUUUUUUGGAGUUGCCCUGGCCAUCUACCUGGCCCCACUGUGCAUCUCCUCACCCUGUAUCAUGGAACCCAGAGACUUACCCCCCAAGCCUGGUCUGGUGGGACACCGAGGGGCCCCCAUGCUGGCCCCCGAGAACACCCUGAUGUCACUGAGGAAAACAGCCGAAUGUGGAGCUGCUGUGUUCGAGACUGAUGUGAUGGUCAGCUCUGACGGGAUCCCCUUCCUCAUGCAUGAUGAGCACCUGAGCAGGACCACAGAUGUGGCCUCAGUGUUCCCAGCCCGAACCUCCUCCCACAGCAGCGACUUCUCCUGUGCUGAACUGAAGAAGCUCAAUGCCGGGACCUGGUUCCUAGAGAGGCAACCCUUCUGGGGGGCCAAACGGCUGUCUGACCCUGAUCGGAAGGAGGCUGAGAACCAGACAGUCCCAACAUUGGAAGAGCUGCUGAAGGAAGCUGCAGUCCUUAACCUUUCUAUCAUGUUUGACUUGCGCCGCCCCCCACGAAAUCACACAUACCAUGACACAUUUGUGAACCAGACACUGGAGACUGUGCUGAGUGCAAGGGUGCCCCAAGCCAUGGUCCUUUGGCUACCGGAUGAAGAUCGGGCUAAGGUCCAACAACGGGCACCUAGAAUGCGCCAGAUAUAUGGACAGCAGGGAAGCAACAGAACUGAGAGGCCCCAGUUUCUCAACCUCCCCUAUCAAGACCUGCCACUGUUGGAUAUCAAGGCACUACACCAGGAUAAUGUGUCAGUGAACCUAUUUGUGGUGAACAAGCCCUGGCUCUUUUCCCUGCUCUGGUGUGCAGGGGUGGACUCGGUCACCACCAACGACUGCCAGCUGCUACAGCAAAUGCGUUACCCCGUCUGGCUUAUCCCCCCUCAAACCUACCUAAUGAUGUGGAUCAUUACCAAUUGUGUCUCCACCCUGCUGCUUCUGUGGACCUUCCUCCUGCAAGGGCUUAGAAACAGCAGUGCUGCUGACCAGGAUCAACAAUUUCAUAAUGGAGUGAAUGCCCAGCCCCGGACCCCCACCUACCAGAGUCUGAGGCCUCUCUGGAUUGGCUAACAGCAAGGAAGAGAGAGCAGCUGAGAUGGAAAGUUGGUGGGGUUGGGGUGGGGUAAACUUUGUCAACAGGAGGUUUUGAACCAUGAGGGCCCUCUGCACAGAUGGUGGGCAUGCUGCAAGCUUCCAUGGAAUCUGCUCCUCUUAGGGUUUUGACCUGAGGUUAGGUUAGGAAGACAGUGACUCAUAGGAAGUUUCUCUGCAAAUGUUAACAGAGGAAGUGGAAAGGAGGUUGCCAAGAUAAUGUUUCAGACCUGUGUGUGCGUGUUCUCGAGUAGAAGACACAAGGUGUGUCAGGGAUGGGAUAGCUUGGACCUAUGACUGAAGGAGAUGACAAAAUGGCCUUUGCUGGAGAACUAAGAUGAUGGAGUCACCAAUCCCCACUCCAUUCACUGUCUCCCCUGACCCCUGCAAUUUAGCUGCUUUCCUGCCUAGACGCUGAGGGCCGAAGAGCCCAUCUAGCCAUUUAAUUCUGUGACUAUAACUGGCUUUUUGCUGUGCACAGCCUUUUCUUCAAGACAGGUUGGUUCCUGUAUGGUGUCAAUCUGCUUAUUCAAUGAAUUUAACUCCUGUUUU